UUCAGGUAUUUAUUUAACUUAUUCACUAGUACGUGAUACAAAUCGUGGUUGUAAUUAUACAGACACUAUUAUGUCACGUGAGUAAAGAUAAUCGAUUAUUAACGUUUACUUUGGUUAUUGUUCUUCGCGUUUUGUUUAAUAUGCUGUCAAAAAAAUUUAUAUUUACAUUGUAUAAUGUUAGACCAAAAAAUCCAUUAUUGUAUAGAUAUGGCACACUAUCUUCAAAGCCUUAUAUAUCUAAUGGGCUACUCACAAAACACGUCACUGUAACUUUACAACUUUAUCAAAAUUUCUUUACAAGUCAACGGCUUUUAUUAGCUUCGAAAAAAAAACCAGGUUGGAAGGAAGAUAGUAAAAAAGGCAAAAGUUAUACUAAAGAUAAGAUUGAAGAAGAGGAAGAAAAGAACAUUAAUAUAAGUGAAAAAGAGAGAAAUUUCGACUUAAGUAAAGUUGAAGCUAAAGCAAACAUAGUCACUGAAAAAUUAAAAAAGGAUUAUAGUUCUAUGAGGAUUGGUCGUGCGAACCCGGCCAUACUUGAUCCUGUGUCAGUACCGUUUAAAGACAGUAGCACACCUCUUAAAGAUAUUGCGCAAAUCAUUGUCAAAGACCCUCAAACCCUGUUGGUACAUGUGCACGAAGAAGAAUUAUUAAAAGCCGUAGAUAAAGCCAUAAGGAGUGCAAAUUUAAAUCUAAAUUCCGUAAUUGAAGGAAAAAGCAUUAAAGUACCGAUUCCCAAAAUCACAACUGAAUAUCGAGAGAAGAUGACCAAGGUUGCGUCAAAGAUUGCUGAAAGUGCUAAAAUUAAGAUUAGACGUAUAAGGGAAGAUGGUAUGAAAGAUUUGAAAAAGGACUGUGCGAAUAGGUUACCACGUGAUGAAGCAAUUAUAUUAACCAAAAAACUUCAGUCGCUUAUAGAGAAAUCUGUGAAAGAUGUUGAUGAAAUUUUGAAGGUCAAGAGUAAAGAAAUAUCGGGAAAUUAAUUAUACUUAAUAGAAGCUUUACUUUUUCUCUUUUUGACCUCUAUAUAGUCACAUCUUAUAAAGUUCUUUCUCUAUAUAUAAUUACGCAAUAUAAAGAAUGUAUAAUAAGACCUCUAUAUAAUCACGUCUUCUCUAUAGUCACAUUUUCUAACUGCGCAUGAUCAAGGUACAAGCCAAAAUCAUGUGACUUUAUAGUAAAUCUUACAUAAAUUUUGCUCUUUCCCGGAAC